UUGGAUCCUGGAAGAAAUCUUAAAAAGUUGAAAACACGUGGUUACAUCGAUAAUUCGGUUAAACAGCACGAUAUGAACUGACUAAUUAUGACCAUGAUGAUGAUGCAGAGAAUCGUCGAUCCGGACCAUACCAAACAACCAGAUCAACUCAACCAUCAAACCGAUAAACUAUGUUCGCCACUAGAAACGUUCUUACCCCAAACGAACAGGAUCGUCGAAAACUCACCGCAUCAUUCAAACAGCGAGAAAAACUCCGAUUCCGAUGAAGACGAUCUCAACGUCGAAGUGGAUGUUGAAAACGAUGAAAGUCUAUGUCCAGUGGAUCUAACAAGAAGGCAGGACCGGCUCUCCUUUGAAAAUCUGCUACAAGACAACGUGGAUGACAGUGAGUUUAAAGGUUACAAACAAUUUAAAGAGGAUGAUAAACUGAGUAACGUUAGUGUUGCUGGGAAACGCGCAGAAAGUGUUUGUAGUGAUGUUAGCAGAUCGGACAGUCCACGUGAACCAAGCCCAUCGGUCGUUUCACAACAAAAUAGGAGACUAGCGUUUUCCGUUGAAAAUAUUUUGGAUCCCAAUAAAUUCACCGGCAGACAAACUGUAUUUAGUGAUGGAAUUUGCUGUUGGAAGCCGUCGCAUCAGGAGUCCGUCGGAUCGUCAGACUUUGAUGGUAGCGAAACUGGUAAAGAACAUCACGAUGAUGAUGACGACGAUGAAAUACACAGUGAUAUAAGCGAUGAUAUGAAAGAUCCAAAUUCAAAGAAGAAAAAGGGGGAUUCAAAAUCUCAAAAUUCUGGAAAACCACGUCGUGCAAGAACGGCUUUUACAUACGAACAACUGGUUGCUUUAGAAAAUAAGUUCAAAACAACCAGAUAUUUGAGCGUUUGUGAACGUUUAAAUUUGGCGUUAAGCUUAAGCUUAACUGAAACGCAGGUGAAAAUUUGGUUUCAAAAUCGACGAACGAAGUGGAAGAAGCAAAAUCCGGGUAUGGAUGUUAAUUCGCCGACGGUUCCUCCUCCUACCGUCGGAUCCGGAGGAAGCUUUCCCGGUUUUCCAGGACAUCACACACACUCCGGCCUAUUGUAUUCACACCAUGUGCCAUACGGAAGCGUUUAUCCAUUGCAAGCGACGGGUUCUGGUGGUUACGCCCCUUAUUUUCACCUUACAAAUCAUGGUCAUAAUAUAGGAUCCUGAAUUUAAAAGUAUAAAUCCCCCAAAAAAUGUAUAUAUAUAUCACUUGAAAGAUCUUAUAUUGAGAGGCAUUUGACUUGUAUAAUAUUGUAAAUGAUUGUUGUCUUUAAGCGAGAUAUAAAAAAGGUGUAGAAUGUAUUUAUUUGAGCCGUACUCUGUAAAACUGAUGUAAAUAUAGUCUUAAUAUACCCGUUUUAAUUUC